AUGGAAAUGGCUUUAGAAGAUCUGUUCUCAAUGGAAAUGCUUCAUUUCCAAGAAUAUGGAAUGAUGAGUUGUCAUCAGUUCCCGAAAGAGGAUCACUUUCAGGAAUGCUUAACAGCCUUCUAUUUAACGCCUCUAACAAUGUGCAACCAGCAAAAACACCGCCAUCAGAAAUCCUCCCAUUGCAGCCCAGACGACAUAAAUAAACUUAUAAUCGGCAUCGACGAGUCCCGUAAGCACAAUACUAAAAAAAUAGCUGAUGAAGAGGAAUACGACGAGCUGGAACUCAGCAGACGAGGUAACCAUACCAGAGGAGACUUCAUCAAAUCUGGACAAGAUACAGAGUCGCAUCAACAACAACCAACCAGGCGACGAUCAUUUUUAAAUCGUGUGUGGCAAGCAGUCAUUCGUUUGCUAUGCAUUCGAGGAAACAACGAAACAACAAAUGCUGCAGAUAAUAAUCGACAGACGGCAAAAGUCGAUAAAAUAGCUGAAAAUAAUACCAGAACUCAACCCGAUGUUACACCAACUCCCAACCAACUUCUACUAGAUUCAUCAAGCGUCUCUGCUCUUGCAACCCCGGUGGAACUUGGAAGUGGUAGCUUUGGACGUGUUAACCUCAUGACAUCUAAUAUCCUUGGCUACCAUCACCUGGUUGCUGUAAAGAGAGCAUCCAUGAAGUCCUACAAAGAUCCUGAGGAUGCUUGGAACCAGAUGUGCCUGGAGGCAAGAGUAAUGGAAUUCUUGUCAGGUUUACCAUCAUUCCCAGACGUUUACGGCGUAUUUCGUGAAGGUAACGAAUGCAGAAUGGUACAAGAAUUUAUUGGCGACAAUCAAACUUACACCAGUACCACCUUAUUAAGUGUGAUGAAAACCGGACGUCCGACGAUAACUGGAUUUGAAUGCAUCACAAUGACAUCCGAGGUUGCAAAGGGCCUCCAUGAGAUGCACAGACGAGGACUUUUACACAAUGACGUGGCAGCUAGAAACAUCUUAAUUUGUCACAACGGCAUACACUUCACAGCAAAACUAACAGAUUUUGGGAUGGCCAACGUGGAUGCUGAUUUUGGCCGAGAAGACGCCUGCGCAGAGGGUCUGGUCGCCAAUCCGAAGUCAUAG